CGGUGCCUGGAAUCUAGGCGCGGCUCUCUCCUCCCUGCGCGGAGAUUAAAAGGCGCCCAGCUCCUAAAAGCGGCCUCGCGCGCGCGCACCGGCCCAGUCCAAGGGAUCUUCUCCUCCUCUCCGCUUUUCCCACUCUUCUGCCCAACAUGGUUCGCUGCGGCUUGGCCUGCUGGAGGUGCCGGUGGCUCCUGCCCCUUCUCUUGGGCUUAGCUAUCAUCCUGGGCAUCAUCGCCUUGUCUGGCAGGGGGUGGCUCGAGUCCGCCGAACAGCCUUACGUGCGCAAAGCCUCUCUCUGGUCGGACUGCAUGAAAGCGAACGAAAAUGAUUUGAACUGGGAGUGCAGAUCCCUGAUGGAUUAUAGUUGGGGAAGAGCUUCUGCUGCUACAUAUCUUGUUGGCUUUGUCAUCCUCUGCAUCUGUUUCUGCCUAGCAGUCAUUGCCUUUUCCAUUGAUAUUCUACGGUUCAACUUUGUUCGAGGCAUUGGAGGUUUGCUCUUCGUCGUUGCUGCUUUCCAAAUUAUAGGCCUGGUCAUCUAUCCAGUGAUGUUUGUGGAGGACAUUCCAUUGACAGGAAGCAACAUGUUCAGCUGGGCUUAUGGCUUUGGUUGGGCAAGCACUGUGAUUGCGAUAGGCUGUGCCUUCUUUUUCUGCUGCCUCCCCAACUGGGAAGAUGAAGUCCUGGGCAACAUCAAACCCUACCCCAUCUACAGCAGUGGCGAACGUGUUUGAUAUGGAGUUAGUAGAAAAGAUCGCUUCCAGUAAAGAAAACUAUAUCGUUUCUGGCUUGUGGGAAAGAGCAUGCUUAUAUUGCCCUGUUUUCAUUUGACAUAGAAUUCCUAGCUUUGUUCUAAUGAUUAAUCCAAAUUUCAUAGUUCAUUUUUAGUCUUGUAUCCAUUUUCAGAUCUGGCAGCUGCUGUUUUUACAUGGAAGACAGAAUAAAUUGUAUUUUGAUGGUUAAUACAAGUUUCCUUUUAAUAACCUCAAAAGAAAGUAA